ACAUGUAGAGGAUCUUUUCUUUCUACACACUAGCAAUGCCAAAAAAAAAAAAGAAAAGGACAAAAUGGUCAACCAUUGCUUUGAAGCUGAUCGUUUUGGUUAACACAAAUUCAAAGAAAUGGCUCCUUUCAUAUCUAUGCCCGAAAGAAAUUGAACAGAUUUUCGCUGUUAGAGUAAACGAAAUGGGAUUCCAGUCCCAACAAAAAAUAAAGCUUCAUCCGGGAGAAAGAAAGAGUCCUUCUUAGUUAUGAAGUUAGGUUUGAGGCUUCAGCUUCUUGCUUCUUUGUAGUUUCAGCAAAACUGAGCUCUUUGAAACUUUCCAUCGAUUCCUCACAUCGUCAUUCUCAAGAUCAGUUACUGUUAUUAUUGUUAUUAUUUUUUCCCAUGUCGAUUUUUGUUCAGCCUGAUUGGAGUUUUCUGCAACUGGGUAUUAUGCUCUCCAUGUGUUCGAUGAAUUUCCUGAGUGACACUUAGGAUCUUAUGCAUGUUACUGAAAUCUCUCACCAUUGGACAGGUCACUAUAUAAUCUGAAGAAGAGCUCAGAGUGGCAAAUGGAUUUUUAUUCGACGGUGUUCAUACUUGUUCAUCCCAAUGGAUAUGUAGAAGACACUGUAGAUGGACCCUUUCAAAGUUCGGAGCCUUUGUUGAUGAGCAUUCAUCGUCAAAAGUCUCUGCUUGAGUUGAAGAAUCUGAUAUUGAGGAAUAUGGGUGAACUUGAAAGGAAGCAGAUAUCUCGAAUGGCGUAUAGGUUGCAUGUUAAAAUUGGUCCGCAAGCAUCCGACUGUCAGGUUUUUUGGCUCAAGUCUGACCAAGACAUUCAGUUGAUGUUUGGUUACCAUGACUCAAAUUCUGAGUUGCGGUGCAUAGAGUUGUAUGUUAAAGUUGAAGAAGACACGAUUAGUUCAGCCAGUUCAAAAGCCAAUCCGCAAGUUGUUCAAUCGGAGAAUAAUGUUGGUAGAGGAGCAAAGAGAGUACAAUCACCAGUGACAUCCCCAAGUUUUGCGUUCCCCAUCCUUUUUGAAAAUUCAGAAACUGUUGAUGGAAACAGAAGCAACAUUUGUGCAAGCCCAGCUAACAUGGCCUCAGGAGGUGUUGCAGUGGACAAAAUCCUUCCACCUAAGACUGGGAAUUUUAGGGGUGCCUGCAGUGCCUUUCCACCUCCAACUUCAAAGAAGCAUUCAUUUGUGGGCACAGGUGCUGAUCUAGGGCAUCCACCUCAGCCAAAAAUGCAAAAAAUGGUGGAUGGCAAAGGGAAGCCGGUUGAAAAUGGUGUGCUGCUCCCCACCAUCGAGGAGUCUGAUGUGUACUCCAAACACUUUCAAGCCCAAGGUGUGUGCCCCAACUUAGAGCCACCCAUCACCUCCAACCCUCAGAUGGUGCUAGAAGGCCGAGUUAAGGAAUUGGAGAUCCGCCUUGAGUCAAAAGAAAACGAGAGAGCUGCCUUGGAGGAAUUGAAGGUUACUUUAACUGCCAAGAUUAGUAAUAUGGAAAACAAGCUGAAGGAGGCUGAUAAGGAGAAGUCACAGUUAAGGGAGAAGGAAACAGCAUCAAGAAGGAGAAUUGAGCAGUUGGAGGCAGAGGUCAAACAUCUAGGAUGUUGCGUCCGUGAAGCAAAGGAGAGAGCACACAGGAACAUCAUGGAGCAAGUGCAUCAUCUGGCUCCGGGUAUCGACUUUUCGCGUGUUCACCCUGAUUAUCAAGUUGUCAAUGGGGAGAUUGUAAAUCCUAACAAGGAUAGUGUAAAUAAUCCUCCUUUAUCACAGGAUGUUGCUUCUCAUAAUGUAAAUAACCCUCCUUUGCCACAGCAUGUUACUUCUCAAAAUGUAAAUAAUCCUCCUCUAUCACAAAAGCAGUCUCAAGAUGAACGUCACCUACCAUACCCUGUACAAGCUUCUCUUCAAAAUUCUCAGACAGUUGGAAUUCAAAAUUUGGGAAAAGAUCCUGUUCCUAAUAAUGAGGUAGCCAAAACACUUAAUCCCAGCAGCGAAUCUCAGCAGUAUGCAAAGUUGCAUCAAAUAAGUAAUCAACAGGCUACAGUCAAUGAGCAGCGAGGAGGCCAAAUUAAUCGUCAAAAACAGGUACCAUUUGGCAUGUUUCUACCUAUCUUGAUACCUCAACUUCCCAAAGACCGAGCCAUGCAACUUCAAACUCUAUUUAGUAAAUUGAAGAAAGACGAAAUAGCAAAAGACAGUUUUGUGCGGCUUAUGAAAGGUAUUGUAGGGGACCAGAUGCUUAGAUUAGCAUUGAACAAAGUACAAGCUCAGCUACAAGCACAGACAAGACCCAACCAAGGACCUGUGAGGCAGCAGCAACCUGUUCGGAUGGCCACUGUUGACUUAGGUGCAAGACAAUUAAAUGAUCCCCAUGCUUUAGCUCAGCUUCAUCAGAGAAGUAUGAAUGCAGCUGCAGACCAAUCUCGUAUGACUUCUUCAGCUGUCCAAACUAUGGAGAACAAUGCUAGAAAAUCUCAGGAAUUGGAUGCUAGAAUGGAAACUCAGGGUUUGCAACCGAGCCAGUUGUCAUCUUCCAAUUCCAUCAGUGUUAGUCAGGAAGCAGAAAGAUCAUCUGUUCAUGUACACGGGCUUAAUAAGCAGCCGCAGCCGCAGCCUCAGCAUCUACAUUUCCCAUCAGCAUAUGGCAGUAGUGGUGGUAAUUAUAGGCCUUUUUCAGGGCCAGCUAGUAGUUCUGCUUCAUCUAUCAGACCACCACCACAUGAGUCACAUAUGAGUCAAAUUCCACAUCAAAGCACUGGUCCCAAUCACUUAGGUGGGGCAACACAAGGCUUCAUUGGUAUGCCAAAACUCGAACAGCAGAACUCUUUGAAUGAUCCCAAGAGGCUGCCGGGUGGCUCUGUUGCUCUAUUAAACAAUCCGGCAUCCCAGCAAACUCCAAAUGCAUGGCAACCACCAUCAAACAAAGAUCAAAGUUCAGGCUUCUUGUCAUCUGGUUCUUAUGUCAAAAAGGAACCUAGCGACAUGCCCACUGAGCAGCAACAUAGGCAGAAUAUUUCUAAAAUCCAUGGACUGCCUUCAGCUAAUUCUGCACAAAUCGAACAGGCAAGUGCCAAUCAAGGAACUGUAAAGGAUGAGUUCUCAAGGGGCCUUCCAGUAUCCACAAGUAUGGCACCUACAACAUCUACUGGCUUGACAUCACUCAAUUCUGCUUCCCCUUCUGGAAUGGCCCAACUAGAUCCUAGUGUCUCAUUAAGCACCCAGGUGCCAUCAAACACUUCUGGAAUUACUGUGAGGGCACCUGUGAAAAAGCCUUCUGUUGGCCAGAAGAAACCACUUGAAGCACUUGGUUCCUCACCUCCUCCUCCUCCAAGUAAGAAGCAAAAGGGAUCUGGGGGGGGAUCCGUUGAACAAAGCAUUGACCAGCUUAAUGAUGUCACUGCUGUUAGUGGAGUCGAUUUGAGGGAAGAGGAAGAGCAGUUAUUUUCAGGCCCCAAGGAGGACAGUCGGGUUUCAGAAGCAACUCGAAGAGCUGUGCAAGAAGAAGAGGAAAGGCUGAUUUUGCAGAAAAUUCCACUCCAGAAAAAAUUGUUUGAGAUUAUGUUUAAGUAUGGCUUGAAGGGUGUGAGCAAUGAUGUGGAGAGAUGCUUGUCACUGUGUGUGGAGGAAAGAAUGCGUGGACUGAUAAGUAACCUGAUUAGAAUGUCAAAACAGCGGGUUGAUUUUGAGAAGACAAGACAUCGGACUGUUGUCACCUCAGAUGUUCAGCAGCAAAUCAUGACAAUAAAUAGGAAAGUAAGAGAGGAGUGGGAGAAAAGACAGGCAGAAGCAGAGAAGCUUCGGAAGCAAAAUGACGUUGAUGGUAAUGCUGGAGCUGAUGGUGACAAGGACAAGGACGAGGGUCGUAAUAAAUCAUCAAAGGUGAACAAGGAAGAGGAUGACAAGAUGAGGACAAAUGCAGCAAAUGUUGCUGCCCGUGCUGCUGUUGGGGGAGACGACAUGCUCUCAAAGUGGCAACUUAUGGCCGAGCAAGCCAGGCAGAAACGUGAAGGCGUGACGGACACGUCAUCUGGUUCUCAACCAGCUAAAGAUGCAAGUCGCAAAUCUUCAGCAUCUGGAAAAAGUACCAAGGAUAAUCACGAAGGGGAUAAAAAAGGUUCUACUAAUUUUGCAACUUCAGGGGCUAUCAGAAAACAUGGGAGAAAUAAUUCCCUUGUGACUCAAACUAAGAUUGCCCGAAGCAUCUCUGUCAAGGAUGUAAUUGCUGUGCUCGAAAGAGAGCCACAGAUGUCGAAAUCGUCGCUCAUUCAUCGCUUGUACGAGAAGAUUCAUUCUGAUGCUCAACCUGAGUGAAGUAGAAUUACAGAGGGAGGUGAUCAUGAAGUUUUACCACUGAUUUUCUUAUCAUAUGCUUACCAGCAGAAAUCAAAAGGUCUCCUCAAACGUGUGUGUCAUUGACUGAGUUCAAUCCAUAUAGCCAGGGUAGUUUAUCAGUUAAUUUUGAUUUUCUCUUAUUUAAUUUUGCUUAUUUAUCAGUACUAAUUUGGAUUUUAGAGCAGUUAAACAUAAGUUUGGCAUCCAUCCUCUUGGCUUGGUCUCUGGGAAAAGAAUGUUAAAAGAAAAAUAUAUUUUGGUUAGGAGUUAUAGUAUUUUGAUAUAUGAAGUAAUUUAUGUGUGUUUAUUUUAAAAAUGAGUUUGUCAAUAUUAAACAAGUAAUCUGAAUUUCAGGUUUCAACACAAUUAAACACGCAAUGUAACUUGUUUUCUUCAGCA